AUGCCAUUCUGCGCCCCACGGAGGAAGCGACAGUCGGAAUCCAGCUCCCUCUCUGAGAUUUACAAGCCUCCUGAUGGUCGGCUGACCAAGGAUGUGCUCCUCGGAGAGGGCGGCACUGGAGACGUCUACCAGGAUGAAGACUCAGUCUGCAGGGAGCUGAUGUUUCUCCAGCAGUUCAGCGGCCACAAGAACGUCGCCUCUUUCUUUGGAGCCUACUACAGGGCUCCACUCACGGAGUGCUCAUCGGAGCUCUUGGAAAUUGCUCUUGAAUACUGUGGUGGCGGUUCUCUCCACAACCUCAUCAACAAGACCAAUGGCCAAUCCCUGAAGGAGACCUGGAUUGGUUAUGUCUGCAAGGAGGUUUUAAAGGGUCUGCACCACAUCCACAAGAACCGGGUCGUUCAUAAAGACAUAAAGAGCCUGAACAUCAUGCUCACAGAGACGGCCAAAGUGAAGAUCAGUGAGUAAAACUUACAGUUAUAAUGGAGUAAUGGAUGGUGGGGAGCUUCUGUGAAUUUGGA